AUGAUUUUCCUCUAUCCUCCAAAAUUCUGUGAAGCGGUAUUUGUUUGCUUCUCAAGCAAAAUUGAGCAAGUAUCGGGCGGAGUAGGAUUCAACCUUAAAGAAGUUUGUUCUGAUUCCUUGCGAUUCCUACCCUUAGAGCAGAUUGUAUACCACGUUCAAGAUGGAAGUGCAAAACCAUACGUAUAUGUCAAGUCGAUGGUUGAAUUCAAAAGCGAAGGGGGGAAUCCAGACAUAUUGAAGGUGGAGGUGCUCAACGAUUUUGAUAACGAGGACAUCGGACAGCAGCAGUCGGUCAGCAUCGAAAUAUCAAGAAAGGAUAAACAAAUACUUCUCCUUACAUCCAGCCCGUACUGUCAAACUGGUUUUUAUGGUGACGGAGGUAGCCUGCGCGGUUCCGUAGUAAAGACCGAACCUAAAGCGGACCUAUCUCAAUUCUUCAAAGGAAUAGAGGGAUCUAGAGAUACUCCUUACAUUAUUUCUGGGACAAUGGCUGGUUCUUCUCUGAAAAGUGCCGGAAAAACCUCAAAAAUUUAUGCCAACAUGAAACAAGAGCAGGAGUCACAAGAAAUCUGUUGUCCUUCAGACCUAGACUAUUCAGACUUUAUGGGAGAUGAGAACUGGUCCGAACAGUCAGCGAAGCCCAUUGCAAACGAAUACUUUAUUCGAAAACAAGAAAACUCACAAUGCAAAAAAGAUGAAAAGUCUCGCACAUCACCUCUACAAGCGAUCUCUAUCAAUAUGGCUACAUGUGAUUGGAUGAGGAUUUGUUUCGACAAGGGUUCCAAGUGGUGUGAUGCAGAGGGUAACGCACUUAACCUUCUGUUCAUUCACGAGGUCUUUAUUCCCACUGAUUCAGAUGAAGCAAUAAUGUUCGGCAUUGCAAAAGAUGAUAUGAAUGAGCUUCGCAUCAAUUUCAUGAUGAAAGAACCAGCUGUUCAAUUGCAAUAUGGAUUUAUCGGAAGUCAACCUGUUAUUACACAUACUAUGCAUUUGAAAUCCUAUCAGGAAGUUGGAUAUGACCCAUCAAAACUCACUUUGCAUGUUUUAAAAUCAAAGAAUUGUCGUGCACGCAUUCAUAGUGGCGAUGUUGAGGAAGCGAUUUCUGGUGCUGGAUUAAACUGCUUAACGAUAAAGGACUUCAAGUUCUUUGUGUUUGCUACUCUUAAUAUCCCUGACGAUUAUAAAUAUGAAGCCGGAACUAAGAUUGUAACACUCGACUAA